UGUCAUUGCUGCUCGAGUCCGACUGUCCUGCCCCUCUCAGUAGAUGUCCACGACCAACUACCUCGUCUCCGGUACUUCUGCAGCGAGUCUACAGAACAGGGAUGACGUCGGUCACGCCAGUGAGGUGUGGUGUCUGAAUUGGUCCAAGAGUGGCCUCGUCGCUAGCGGAUCAUGCGAUGGGACCUUGAAGACAUGGAACCCAAGUGAUCCCAAUGUCCCUCUACGUACUUUCGCGCCAAACCCAUCUACCGAGCAAAGUCGUUCGCUUGGCAUCGUCUCUGUCGAUCUGGAACACUCGCCUACGUCUCCCAGCUUCCUCGUCACGAGCGCUGUCCAUUCUGUCUUGAGACGUUACAAUGUUAAAACAGGCGAUUUGCAAGCUAGCAAAUCGAUACCGUCCGCGGGCGCGUGGCAGGUCUCGCUACAUCCCGACAUCACACUCGAUCAGAUGGUCACUGCCGGCACGGGCUGCAAAGUGCGCAUACUUGAUAGCAAGAGCGACACUUUCGGCACCGAGCUAGCAGCCACGACAUGCAGGGGCAAAUUCGCGAUGUGCGUCAGCUAUAGUCCUGACGGUCGGCUCAUCGCCACUGCAAGUGACACCGGGCAGGUCGAUUUGCUCGAUGUCCAGACGAUGCGCAUCGUGCAGUCCUUCCCAGCUCACGCAACAGCGAUCCGUUCUCUGGCGUUCUCGCCAGAUUCGAGCUUGCUUGUGACGGGCUCCGAUGAUCAUCGCAUGAGCAUCAUUGACCUACGGGCGAGCCAGUCGGGUGACAAUGCCCGCAAGUCGCGGCAGAGUGUCGUCUCCAGCUUGGCCGGCCACGCUGGCUGGGUCACUUCGGUAUCAAUCAAGUCGGAUGCUCGUCUUCUCGCCAGUGGUAGCGUAGACGGGACGAUCAAGAUAUGGGAUCUCCAUAUGCCAGGCAGUGCACUGACGACGAUACAAGAUCAGAAGAGAGACGUCUGGGCGCUUGCUUGGCGCCCGGAUCCUCCUCAGCCUGAUGCUCAGGUUCAGGGCAUCUCUGGCUCGCGCCUGGGUGGCGGCAAUUUCGUCUCGGGUGGUGCAGACGGUGCUCUUAGAUGGUACCGCAGUGCAGGCAGUUGAUGAACGCCUCGAUGGACAGCAGCCCCGCGUGAAGCGUGCGUGCUUCCAACAGAGCUCGGCUUUCGAAUUUGUUGUACGUGCGACUUCGGACUGGCCAAGCAGAACGGAGCGCGUCGCGUUUUGUUAGCCAAGUGCGCGAG